AUGCAGCGAGAUAACGCCGAUUUCAUGAUACUACACCCCGUCGCGUUGUCUUUAGCUGGAGCUUCAGUCACUUCGGGUCGGACGGUUGAUAAGUCUCAAAUUCAUCUACCCGUGCUGAAGGCGUGGAUCUCUGAAUGCGUCGCAUCACACGGCGUGACGUGCAAUGGGUUUCACUUACCCAACGCGGAUGGUAAACUACGCUCCCUUCGCCUUGUAGAUGUCAUAACCUCCUGUGUUGUCCGACAACCCUCCUCGUCCCGGUACGUCGCGCUAAGCUAUGUUUGGGGAGAGGCAUCGAGCUUGCAGCUCACUCGGGAGAAUGAAGAUCAUCUACGCAGCCCUGGGGCUUUGGGGUCUCAUAUCUCCGAGAUUCCGCAAACCUUCCUGGAUGCAUUUGAGGUGGUGAAGAGCAUUGGAGAAAGAUAUAUCUGGAUCGAUGCACUGUGUAUAACUCAAGAUGCAGAAGAUAAAGAAGCUCAUCUUCAGGAUAUGCACCUGGUAUAUGGAGCCGCGCUUUUCACCCUUGUUGCAGGGGGUGACGAUGCGAAUGUUGGGCUCCCUGGGGUUCGACCAUGGACAAGGUCGAGAGCUCAGCUCUACGAGCGGUUGCGCCCAGAGAUCGGAAUUGCUGUUUCAAUGCCAUUGCCGGCGGAUCUGAAGACUUCGAGGUGGUCGUUGAGGGCAUGGACGUACCAGGAGCAGCUCUUAUCCAAACGGUUCCUCGUUUUCUUUGACGACCAGGUCCUCUGGCAAUGCCCUACUGUCGUCGAAUGCGAGGAUACUCUGGCAGAGAACAAGAGUGCACCUUAUGAACGGUUGAAGCAUUUAUCGAGUUUAGGCCUGAACGAAGACGAAGGCGAAGGCGAAGGCGGUCCAAUCAAGCGCGCAAUCGAAUCGGGCUUCCAGAGGCUUCCGGCUUUCCAGCGCUAUGCAGACAUCGUCUCAGAAUACACAGGAAGAGAGCUCAGCUUCCCAGAAGACGUCUUGCGAGCUUUCGGCGGCAUCAGCAAGAUUUUCAUGCUGGAUCUGAACACGGACAUGGUCGAAGGGCUGCCGGUCUCAUUCCUCGAUGCGGCAAUUCUGUGGCAACCAUCGGCACCACUCCGCAGACGAAGCGGAAAUGAAAGAUUUGCCAGCUGGGCCUGGGCUGGCUGGGAAGGCAAAGUCUCGUACGAGGAAACCAAGGGGAGGCACGGGGCGGAAGGUCUUCUCCCCAUCAUCAAAUGGAAUGUCCAUCGCACUGAGCUGGUGAAUCGAUAUGGCGUCGGCAUCAAGCCCUAUCUCUUCAGCCCGGGGAUCGAAAGCACCAGUUGGGUUUCUCCGUUCGAACCUCCUGCAACGGCUGGGGCGGGUGCGGGUGCAACCCCGACCCAGACAAGCGCGCAGCUGAAGUUUUGGACCUCGUGUUCCUUUUUCGACAGACUGGUGAAAAGGAGCCACAUCCAUGGCCAUGGCCAUGGCACAAGGGAAGUCGACACCGACCAGAUCUCAGAUCACGACCUCGGACGAUUGCGGCCUCAGGAAUACCAAAUCCGCAACGCUCGCGGCCAACCCGUCGGUGUCGUGACCAUCACCGGAGAGGAUCUUCCACUUCAGCGCUAUAGCUCGUCGCGCUAUGAGUACAUUGUCCUCUCGGAGGCCCAGUUUGCAGGGAUCGAUCUGGUGGCCUGGCUGCCCAUCUUCUCGGAUCAGCCGGGCAAGUGCCUGAUGUACAACGUCAUGUUGAUUGAAUGGGAUCAAGACAUGCAUUGCGCUUACCGUGUCGGUCUGGGAAGAAUCCUGAAGACUGCCUGGGCACAGAGCGGGCCACGUAAUAAGUACAUCACAUUGGGCUGA